CAUUGCCAUCUUGGUGAUGCUCAGCCCGGCGGCAAACAACUCUUAUGUGAUAUAAAACCAGCUCAAAUGUUCUCAAAACCAGAAUCAUCUCAUCAGGCAGGCCCAAUACUCUCUUCUCUUCUCUUCUAGUUCACAGAACAAUCUCUACGUUUCACCACCACAUUUACACCGUUACCCAAACAGGCUAAACUCUUACCUUCACAACCAAUCAUAAUGCAGUUCUCUACACUCUUCGCCAUGACCGCUCUCGCUGGUUCCGCACUAGCAGUGGACCACAAGGUCGCCGUUGGAACCAAGACCGGCGACUUGGUCUUCAAGCCUGACACAAUCACCGCCGCCGAGGGCGAUACCGUUACUUUCCGUUUCUGGCCCAAGAACCACUCGAUCGCUCAGGCUGCCUUCAACUCUCCAUGCGCACCUCUGAACACUGGCUUCUGGUCUGGCUUUGUGCCCACCACCGACACCCAGAACGUUGCGAACUGGACUUUCACUUAUGAAGUGACAAACGCCUCGGCCCCCAUCUGGUUCUACUGCACACAAGGCCAGCACUGCCAGAAUGGUAUGGUCGGUGUGAUCAACCCACCUGCCACUGGCCCAAGGACUCUUGCUGCGUUCAAGAAUGCUUCUGCUGAAGCCAGCACCAAUGUAUCGCCUACCGUCCGGGCUGGUACAGGAGGCAACCUCACAGAGAGCUCUGCCUCCUCCACAUCACCAUCCGGCACUGCAUCAGGGUCACCGGCAUCUUCGACUGGUGCGGCCUCCCACAUGUCUGGCAGCAUCACCUUCGCUGGUCUCGCCGGUGUCUUUGCAUACUUCCUGAUGUAAGAAAUGGAUUUGAGUGGCAGACUAAACGAUAUACCCUGGAUGAGAGAGACUAGUAGUCGUGAGCACUCGGUAGAUCCGAGCGCCACGCACACGGGAGGUAGGAAAAGACAGCGUCUGGAACGAAAACUGUAAUAGAUUGUCUAGUAGUAGCAGGUGGUUGAAGUACAUACUUACAAUACAUACCUCAUGUGAACAGUCUUGGGGCC